AUUGCCUUGUUCAUAAACCCUUUUCCCCCUUUUCAGAAACGGGUUCACAUAUAUACAUCUCGCCAUUUUCGGCGAUUUAGGGUUUGCUCGUCUCUGCAGAAAAUGGCUGAUUCACCUGUAAAAAGGUAUUCACGCUCUCCUUCUCCUUGGGAAGAAGAAAAGGUAAGAUCUAGAUCUAGGUCAAGGUCUAGAUCCCAGUCUAGGUCAUGGUCGAGGCCAAGAGGAAGAUCUAGGUCCAGAUCAAGGUCAAGAAGUCAAGGAAGGGCCGAACCUGUUAAUCCUGGCGCCACACUUUAUGUAACUGGUUUAUCCACAAGGGUGACACAGAGGGACCUUGAGGAGCAUUUCUCAAAGGAAGGAAAGGUAAAAUCAGCUUUCUUGGUUGUGGAGCCCCGUUCUCGUAUCUCUCGUGGUUUUGCUUUUAUAACAAUGGAUAGUCUUGAGGAUGCCGAUCGCUGCAUUAAGCACCUAAAUCAGUCUGUCCUUGAAGGCCGCUACAUAACAGUGGAGAAGUCACGGAGGAAACGCGCGAGGACUCCAACGCCUGGUCACUAUCUAGGGCUUAAGAACGCAAGGGGCGAUGGUUUCCGUGGCGACCGUGGUGGCGACCGUGGUGGUGAUCGUGGUGACCGUGGUAGGUAUCGUGGACGUGAGGACUAUGGGCGCCGUGAGGACUAUGGGCACCGAAGAUCUCCUCCAAGGCGUUCGCCUUAUCGAGGUGGUCGAGAUUUUUCUCCUAGGCGCUCGCCUUAUGGGGGAAGGUCAAGAAGGGAACGAUCCAGGUCAUAUUCUCCUUAUGAAAGGAACUAUGCUCGUGGGGGUAGAUAGGAUGAAAUCUAGUAGCCCUACUUAUGGGUAAAAACUGUUUGUUAAGGAUCUUUAUGAGUUUGGUUGGACUAGAUUUAGGUAUAACGUACCAAUUAAUGAAUGUAUGUGUGCUCGUGCGCCUGAUAUGCUUGUGCGUAGCUGACUUUGGAAAUUAUAUUGCUUGUAUGUCAAGUACUAUGUGUGUUUUGAAAUGCCAUAUUCUAGGUUGAACGCCAA